AUGACUGUGACAUCCUGUUAUCUUUCAGAUUCAACAUUCCCUGAGGAUUUCUCCAUCUUGCUGACAGUUCGUGCCCGGAAAGGAAAUGCAGCCUUUCUCCUGUCUCUCUACAAUGAACAGGGUAUCCAACAGUUAGGAGUGGAACUCGCUCGCAACCCCAUUUUCCUCUAUGAAGACCAGACAGGGAAACCAAGCCCAGAGGAAUAUCCCGUUUUUACUGGAGUCAACCUGAUUGAUGGGAAAUGGCAUCGGGUAGCAAUCAGUGUGCACAAGAAGACGGUUACCAUGAUCCUGGAUUGCAAAAAGAAUCUCCAGAAAUCACUAAACAGGAGCAAACAGCCCGAGAUUGACACAAACGGUAUUGUUGUGUUUGGAACGCGGAUUUUGGAUGAAGAUAUCUUUGAGGGUGAAAUCCAGCAACUCCUGAUUGUGCCUGACCACCGAGCUGCUUACGAUUACUGUGAACAUUACAGCCCAGACUGUGAGAGUCCCCUGCCUGAUUCACCACAGUCUCAGGAUCCCAACCUUGAUAAUUACGACCCUACGGUGGAUAAUUAUUAUUACGAAUAUCCAUAUUAUGAUGACAUCCUAGGGAAUAUUAAUGAAGAUCCCACUAAAACAAUCCCAGAAUAUGGAGAGCAGAUUACAGGGCCUGUCACUGAAGUGCCAGACCAUCAGGAGAGCCCAACUGAAGGUGAGGAUGCCUAUGAGGAGCCAACAACCAACGUCCCAGAAACUACAACUUUAGAAGCUUACCCGUCAUUGGUGACGAGUUAUUAUGACGUCUAUGGAGAUGAAUAUUAUUAUCCAGAAAUACCACUCAUCGAUGAAACAUUGGACAAAGAUGAUUAUAUUGUUUCAGGAGGAGAUUGGCUCGACAAUCAGACCCAGACUGUCAGUCCGGAGGUGUUUGCACACAACGAGACCAUCUUGGAAGGAAAUUCUGAUUAUGCCAUCAACGAGGAUCUGGACAAGAGAACAGGACCAGAGGAGACAGAAGACAAAUUCAACGUAACUACAAUCGGUGAAGAAGAUGACAACUCAUUCUAUGAUGACUAUGAGGUUUAUUAUGAAUAUGAAGAACUCGAUAACAACCGAGAAAUCGGCCCCGUCUCCCCGGUGAUCACGGAUAACAUCCAUGAAGUGGGCACUGGACCAAAGGGUGAAAAGGGACAGAAAGGUGAACCUGCCAUUAUCGAACCAGGAAUGCUGAUCGAAGGGCCCCCGGGAAGAGAAGGACCAUCUGGAAGUCCCGGACGCUCUGGACCCCCAGGACCUCCGGGACCAGUCGGUGAUCCAGGGCUGAGGGGACCCCGUGGACGGUCUGGACUACCUGGAGCUGAUGGCUUACCUGGACCCCCUGGGACCAUGCUUAUGCUGCCGUUCCGUUUCACUGGUGGUGGCAGUGCAGGAGAGAAGGGACCAAUGCUGUCUGCUCAGGAAGCUCAAGCCCAGGCAAUAUUACAGCAGGCCAGGCUGGCAUUGAGAGGACCAACUGGACCAAUGGGAUUAACUGGAAGACCAGGCCCUAUUGGACCACCUGGAUAUCUCGGGAUCAAGGGUGAAAUGGGAGACAUUGGGCCUCAGGGUCCAAGAGGUGGACAAGGCCCACCCGGUCCAACAGGGAAACCAGGCCGAAGGGGUCGACCUGGAGCUGAUGGAUCGAGGGGAAUGCCAGGCCCACCUGGGAGAAAGGGAGACCGGGGAUUUGAUGGACUGCCUGGGCUUCCGGGUGAGAAGGGAAACAGAGGGGAUGCAGGGCCACAGGGACCUCCUGGACCUCCAGGCGAGGAUGGCGAUAGGGGUGAUGAUGGAGAAGCAGGACCAAGAGGAUUACCGGGUGAACCUGGCCCUCGUGGAUUGUUGGGUCCAAAGGGACCUGCUGGACCUUCGGGACCCCCAGGGGUGACGGGAAUGGACGGGCACCAUGGACCAAAAGGCAGCCAGGGUCCUCAAGGUGAACCCGGACCCCCAGGACAGCAGGGGAAUCCAGGAGCUCAGGGUCUCCCUGGGCCUCAGGGACCAAUCGGGCCUCCAGGAGCUAAAGGACCCACUGGCAAACCAGGUCUACCAGGACUACCAGGGGCAGACGGACCACCGGGUCACCCUGGCAAGGAAGGUCCAGCUGGAGAGAAGGGCAGCCCGGGUCCAACUGGGCCACAGGGUCCCAUUGGCUACCCAGGACCACGUGGUGUCAAGGGUGCUGAUGGUGUUCGUGGCUUGAUGGGACAUAAAGGCGAGAAGGGUGAAGAUGGUUUCCCAGGAUUCAAGGGUGAUAUGGGAGUAAAGGGCGACAGAGGUGAGAUUGGUCCUCCUGGUCCCAGGGGAGAAGAUGGUCCUGAGGGUCCGAAGGGCCGGUUUGGGCCGCCGGGAGAUAAUGGCCCACCUGGACCAGUUGGUGAAAAGGGAAAACUGGGAGUUCCAGGAUUGCCGGGCUACCCAGGAAGACAAGGUCCAAAAGGUUCGAUUGGAUUCCCAGGAUUUCCAGGAGCGAAUGGCGAGAAAGGAGUGAGGGGUGCUCCAGGAAAAGCAGGACCCAGAGGGCAGAGAGGCCCAACGGGGCCAAGAGGUGAACGCGGCCCAAGAGGAUCCACAGGGAAAGCCGGGCCUAAGGGGAGCUCGGGCAAUGAUGGUCCACCAGGUCCGACGGGUGAGCGGGGACCACCUGGACCUCAGGGACCAAUGGGAUUUGCUGGACCCAAGGGACCCCCUGGCCCAGCUGGCAAGGACGGCUUACCUGGACAUCCUGGGCAACGAGGUGAAACUGGUUUCCAAGGCAAGACUGGCCCACCUGGUCCUCCUGGAGUGGUCGGCCCACAGGGUCCCACAGGAGAGACUGGCUCCCUUGGUGAACGUGGUCAUCCAGGGCCUCCCGGUCCUCCUGGAGAACAAGGUCUGCCAGGAUCCGCUGGGAAAGAAGGUGCAAAGGGAGAUCCUGGUCCUGCUGGUCCUCCUGGAAAGGAUGGUCCUCCCGGCCUCCGAGGAUUCACUGGUGAACGUGGUCUCCCAGGACCCUUGGGUCAGAUUGGUUUGAAAGGCAGUGAAGGACCCCCUGGGCCGCCAGGACCCCUGGGGUCUCCAGGUGAUCGGGGUCAGGCUGGGCCGGCAGGACCGAUUGGACUCCCUGGGCGACCUGGGCCUCAAGGUCCCCCAGGCCCUGCUGGUGAAAAGGGGGCCCCCGGUGAGAAAGGACCUCAGGGACCAGCAGGUCGUGAUGGAGUCCAGGGUCCCGUUGGUCUCCCAGGUCCAGCUGGCCCAUCGGGACCACCAGGGGAAGAUGGAGACAAGGGUGAAGCUGGUGAGUCAGGACAGAAAGGCAGCAAAGGUGACAAAGGUGAACAGGGUCCACCUGGUCCAUCAGGACCUCAAGGCCCCAUUGGACAACCUGGACCAGCUGGUGCAGAUGGGGAGCCUGGUCCGAGAGGUCAACAAGGUCUCUUUGGCCAGAAAGGUGAUGAAGGCCCAAGGGGUUUCCAUGGUCCUCCUGGUCCAGUUGGUCUUCAGGGUUUACCUGGCCCAUCAGGUGAGAAAGGUGAAACUGGUGAUGUGGGACCAAUGGGUCCCCCUGGGCCUCCAGGACCCAGAGGCCCAUCUGGUGCACCAGGGGCAGAUGGUCCACAAGGUCCUGCAGGCGGAGUUGGAAACCCAGGAGCUGUGGGCCAGAAGGGUGACACUGGAGAGGCAGGAGCACCAGGACCUCCAGGAUAUUUGGGAAUGCCAGGACCUAAAGGUGAACGAGGCGAGAAAGGUGAAUCUGGACCAUCUGGUGCUGCUGGACCUCCAGGUCCUAAAGGUCCUCCUGGGGAUGAUGGUCCAAAAGGAAGUCCUGGACCAGUUGGUUUCCCUGGUGACCCCGGUCCCCCUGGUGAAGCAGGACCUCCGGGCCAAGAUGGACCUCCAGGAGACAAGGGAGAAGAUGGUGAACCAGGACAGAUUGGCUCUCCUGGUCCAACUGGUGAAGCAGGACCACCUGGUCCUCCAGGAAAGAGGGGUCCUCAUGGUCCUGCAGGUCCUGAGGGGAGACAAGGAGAGAAAGGAGCAAAGGGUGACCCUGGUGCUGAAGGUCCUGCAGGUAAGACUGGCCCAGUUGGUCCACAAGGAUCUCCAGGUAAGCCAGGCUCCGAGGGGCUGCGAGGGAUUCCAGGUCCUGUUGGCGAGCAAGGUUUGCCAGGCCCCCCUGGUCCAACAGGACCACCAGGCCCAAUGGGUCCUCCCGGAUUGCCCGGCCUCAAAGGUGACCCUGGUACAAAGGGUGAGAAGGGACAUCCUGGUUUGAUUGGUUUGAUUGGGCCUCCAGGAGAACAGGGUGAGAAAGGUGACCGAGGCAUCCCAGGACCUCAGGGACCUCAAGGUCCAAAAGGAGACACGGGUGUCCAAGGUCAAUCUGGUCCAAUUGGUCCUCCAGGUCCUCCUGGAUUAACGGGUCCACCUGGUCCUAAAGGUUCUAAAGGUUCCACUGGUCUGACAGGUCCUAAAGGUGAAGCAGGAAUACAGGGACCACCUGGUCCUCCUGGUCCUGCUGGUGAGGUCAUUCAACCAUUCCCAAUUCAUUCUUCAAAAAGAGCCAAACGUUCCAUCGAUGCCAGUCAGCUGUUGGAGGAAGGCCUUCCUGACAACUACCUGAACUAUGCAGAUGGAAUGGAGGAGAUCUUUGGCUCCCUGAACUCCCUGAAACUGGAGAUUGAACAGAUGAAACAUCCAAUGGGCACACAAAACAACCCUGCACGUACCUGCAAGGACCUGUAUCUUUGCCACCCUGACUUCCCAGAUGGAGUGCUUGAUGUCAGGUAUGUGUGUGCUGACCCUGAGACCAGGGAGGAAGCACAACAGGAACUUUGCCACCAGACCUUCCAGCCUCACAUACGCUUCAUGCAGUGCAACCUUCAAACCUGUACUCCCUGGUGGGAAGUCAAUGCGUUUGAUCCUUGCAAUGCAAGCUGUGAUGGUGGGAUUCGGGAGCGGGACGUGUACUGCAUAAAGGAAGAGAAGAGUGUGAGACAGAGGGUCCCUCCUUCAGCAUGUGAUAUUACACUCAGACCAGCUUCAACAGAGAUCUGUAACACUGAGCCCUGUCCAGUGCAGUAA